ACAUCUUCAUUCCAAUCAUAUCGUUUGUAACUCUAAACGGGCCACUAUCGCUGAAACAAACAAAGCUUCUCCUUCGAAAAGGAUAACUAUCGAAAUGAAAUUUCUCACUUUGUGCUUGGUGUUCGCGUUGUUUGUAGCACUUUUUGUUGAUACUUAUGGUAGUCCUGAUGAGCUGGGAAGCAUCGCCAAUUUAGAAGUGGUUGAGGAGCCUCUAUCGUUGUUGGAUGUCGUUGAGCAGGGACAUGAAAAUGAAGGUGAUCGUUUGACGCGUGGACAUCGAGGUGGCUAUCGUGGUGGAUAUCGUGGCGGAUACCAUGGGGGCUAUCAUCAUGGGUAUCGCGGGGGUCAUCGUGGUCAUUACUAUUACUAAAUUGCUGAAAGGAU